AUGACUGAUACAAUAAAAGAUCUUUGGCGCGAGGCAGAUGCAGUUUGUUUCGACGUGGAUUCUACAGUUAUUCAAGAGGAAGCAAUUGACGAAGUUGCUAAAUUUUGCAAUAAAGGAUCGGAAGUUCAAAAACUGACAAGCAGUGCAAUGUCUGGUAAGAUGGACUUUAGAGAAGCACUUUCAGCUCGACUUCAGAUAAUUAAACCAUCGCUGCAACAAAUUCGAAAUUUCAUCAAAGACCGUCCGUUCAAUUUGACCCCAGGCAUUAAGGAACUUGUUGGAUUAUUGCAACAGAAGAACGUUCCCGUGUACUUGAUAUCUGGCGGAUUCCGUGGCCUCAUCGGACCAAUAGCUAUCGAACUAAGCAUUCCACUACAACACAUCCACGCCAAUAAAUUAAAGUUUUUUUUAAACGGAGACUAUGCAGGAUUUGACGAAAAAGAACCUACAUCAAAGAAUGGUGGUAAAGCUGAAGUCAUACAAAUGUUAAAAGAAAAAUACGGUUAUACAAAAUUGUUUAUGAUUGGAGAUGGAAUUACUGAUUUAGAAGCAUCUCCACCAGCUGACGCAUUCAUUGGGUUUGGCGGCAAUGUUGUUCGAGAAGAAGUAAAGUCGAAGUCAAAAUGGUACAUUGAAAGUUUUCAAGAGCUUAUCGAUACUCUCCAGUGA